GCCAUGAAAUUGAUCCCUGCUCAACCAUCUAAUACCGCCUCUCAUUAAUAGCACUAUUUAAUAUAGUCAUUUGUUUGAAGCGUCUUCACUUGUGAUAUAUUUUGUGGUAGCUUUUAACUUAAUGACAUUUUAAUAUGCUUUAUGCUGACACAGUCUAUCCACCUAUGUAUAAAUUCUAUUUUAAGAUCCUUGGUGUGGUCUCAUGAUGCUCUACCAUGUUCAUGAUUUGACCUGUGUUGACUGUGUGAGGGGGAACAGUGUGAUGGUCCGGGUGACCACAUUUCAUUUCAUUUUAUCUUCAGCUGGCUUUUGAGGUUGUUUAGUGGAGAGCAUUGCUUGUUGCAGGGAAUAUCAUUGCUGUUUGACGGGAGAAUUAGAAGGUUUUUCAUUGCGUUGUUCUGCUGCUUUUUGCCAGUGAUGACGUCAUUUCUUGUUAGCGACGGCCGGGGUGAAGGCCCAACUCGAGUGCUCCCGGUGCCACUGACCUGCGCACGUUUUGUCGUCACUGUGCAUUUUUUAUUAUUUUUUCCAUUAUUAUUAACGGUAGUGAUCAUAGCAGAGGAUGCACUUUUUGUUUUUGCUAGCAGUCAAUCCUGGCAUGCGCCUUUAUUUUUAUAAUUCCUGUAAGUGUGUAAAUAUUGGACUUUGUCAGGAGCUGUUCCUGGCAGUGACCGUGUCCAUUAUCAAGGACGCCAACAAUGCAAUAUUAGUGUUUUACAGCUUUAUUUCAGAUCAUGAACCGUGUGCAGCAGGGGAUAGUUUUCGCGAGAGGCCAAGCUAAAUAUUUGACUACCUGCGUGCUAAAAUAUAAAAUAUGGUAAUUGUGUCCAGCUUGUCGAGAAUGGCUCCAGUACCAGGAAACGGCGCAGGGCAGAUCACGUGACUAUUUAUUGGCAAUCUGCCCGAGCGCGCGUGCGUGUGCGCCUGUGGUGUGUGUGUGUGCGUGCACAGAGGAGCUGGCGCGUGCGCCGGUGAUUCCAGUAAGGAGCCUGAAGUGAAGGGGGCGGGGCCUUACGGCUUGACUCGCUGGAGACAACCUCCGGUAACCUUCCGCCACAAACGGACGGACUCCCCGGCAGAAGCCGCCGUCACGCCGCCGCGAAGGAACGACACCCGUACAGUCUUUUGGAUACUCGUCUUUGGGAUUUUAAUGCCUGAGUUAAUCAUUCAGCUAGCACUACUCUCGGGUAGUUUGCAUAUUUGCUCCUUUUCCAACGAGAGGUUGCGGUGCGGAGCCGAGCAAAUCCGCAAGCUGUGUUUAGGCGCUCUCUCCCAGCCCCUCUCUGGAUGCAUCAGACUCCUCUGCCCCGGGGCCCUGGACCCGGUGUGUGACCCCUCCACCCUCACCCCGAGCCCCCUCUAUUUCCUCCCCUGGCUCCUCCAAUUGCUGCCCGCCUUUGCCCGACAGAACUCCUUCUCUGGGCCCCCUGCCUCCAGAAAAGGCAGAGGUAGGGGGCCAUGUCGCCAUGGUAACAACCACCAUUCACAGCCCCCUCGCCAUGACCAGCGUGACCCCUUCUCAAAGCCGGGUUCAGGGGUCCAAUUUUAGCCCGCAUCACUUUAAACCUUUCAGCUCACAUGCACACUACCAGCAGGUGAUGCGAUCGCUGCAUAAGCUCCAGGAGAGCGGCUUCUACUGGGGCGCAGUGGGUGGACGGGAGGCCAGCUCCUUACUACGCUCUGAACCACCCGGCACUUUUCUGAUCCGGGACUCCUCAGACCACCACUACUUCUUCACUCUUUCAGUGCAGACCUCCCGCGGCACCAAAAACCUGCGCAUCCACAGUGAAGGAGGGGGAUUUUUCCUGCAGCCGGACUCCCAGUGUACCCAGGAGCCUCCUCGGUUUGAUUGUGUGCUGAAACUCAUUGCACACUACAUGGGGAAAGGUCAGACUGGAAGUUGCAAGGAAGCUGCGUGUGGAGAAAAAUCAGAUGAGAACCAAAUGAAGGGCUGCAGCAGUUAUCUGAUUCACACAGGCAACGAGAGGAUCCCUCUGGAGUUGCGGCGCCCCCUAACAAAUUCUCUCUCGUCCCUGCAGCACAUGUGCAGGCGAACCCUGAACAAUCGAGGCUUUGGGGAGUCUGGCCGCCCGGAGCAACUACCGCAAACUCUUAGAGACUUUCUUGAGGAAUAUGAUGCACCAAUUUGACUGAUUGGAACUUUCCUAGUUCCACUGCAUGGACCAGGUGCCCGGAGGACGGCACAGACUAGUUCUCAGCGCACACACCAACGUGUGCUCAUGAUGUUUGAGUGAUCAGACUAAGCCGUAGGUGCCAAUGUGAGGUCAGCGACCCAAAACAGCAGAUGAAAUCUACCUUUUAAUUGGGGCUCAUGUGAGGAGGUGACCAGUCGUGCUUAUACCUUGUCUGCAUGCCUCUCAAAAAGUGCACACCUGUGGAGGGUGGUCGAUUGAGUCUGAAUAGUUUGAUAUGACUGACGCAGAGCAGAGUCUCGUAGAAAAGUGUUGGUCCAUAUUAGCCAACAGCGGCGGAGUGAUCCACACACCGAACUGAAAUCCUUGUGAGUUUGCUUAACAAAUGUCUCCAAAUUGACUUUGACACGUUCAGCACUUCAGUGUGCUGGAGUGUGAGGGUAGGGAGAACAGAAAAGAUGCUGCUACAUUCAUGUAGCGAACCUUGCAUCCGAUUUGCUCAUCAAAACUGCUUAAGUUGAGGUGGCCACACAGGUUCAAACGCAGACAUGGCAAACUCUCAUUUGAAUGUGUCGAUUGUGACUUCAUUGAAAUUUGAGUUUUUGAGACGGAAUCAUACUUGCCUUCAACGAUACAGUCAUUUAUUUUUAUUUUUCUGACUUCACCCGCUGUCGGGAGUCCUUCCACAUCCUGAAUUUUUUUUUAUGACUCUAAAAAAUAAUCACCCCUUACUUGACCGGUCUGUAGAACUCAGCUUGGCAUAGUUAAGAUCUGUGAAGUUUCUUUUGUAUAGAAAGACCUCAGUAGCAUACAAAUUAUUCACUGUGGAUUGAAGUUCAAAUUUGUAUAAUAUUUUUAAGCUGUUACUAUAACAGGACUAAAUCCAAAUUUGAUUAGAGAUAUGAUCAUGUCGCUGAUACUGUUAUCUUUUCUAAGACCACCCUGCCUUACACGUAUAUUAGCAACAAUAUGAUUAACAGUUUGUACAGAUCUUCCUUGCUUAUGAAAAAAAAAACACCCAGAACUCAAGUUGUAAAAGAACAUUGUGCUGCUGAUGUGUGUAAUGCAAAACAACUCAAAUUACUAAUGUGCAGUUAAAAAAAAAAGUCUCCUUUAAAAAAAAAUGUUGCAGGCUUUGCACCUCUGUUGAAUUGUUGACAGCUCUAUCAGUCACUUGAUGUGAUCUUUCAUUCAUCCCAGUUGUCAUUGUUUAGGUCGUGGAUGAGAAUAGAAGUCACAACAAUGUUGGUAAUACUCACCUAUGGGUCUUAACAUCCCUCGCAAAUUAAGUUUUGAGUUUUGGAAGGCCUAAAUGAAGGCAAUUGUUUUGAGUCGAAUGCAGCUUGAACAAAGCUAGAAUGAUGUAUUCUAUCAAUUUCUGCCUCAUACAAAGAAGUGGGCUGGUGGUUUCUGCAAACACCCACACACACCAGUAGGACAGCUCCUUUUAGACAAACAUGGCUUACCGUUUCUCUUGCAUCUACUCGUUGCUACUUGUCAUCCACUCUCUCUGUCAUCUGUGACAGUGACAUAGAACAGCCAUCUUUUGCAGGGAGAAAUCUUGUUAGUGAAACAAAAGCUUUUGCGUGGGACCAAACACAACAGCAGAAGUCUUGUUUUUGUUGUAAAAGUGGCAACUGAUUGCCUUUGAGGUGUAACCGAUUAGCUUUUACCUUUAGAACUCUAUUCGCUCUCAGCCCUUUCCAUCUGAAAAUAUGCUGUUUGUUUAAUGCAGAACUGUGGCUAUCUUUGGUGUCAGCUGUAUGUUGGAAAUUCUGGCUGUCCUGUGACUUCACCUUGUAUAUUUUGGGUGAACCACCCAGGGCUGAAGACAUGGCAAACAUAAUGUUUAUGCAGACAAAAACGGCAAUGUGUCAGUAUCGAUCACUUGUGGCUUCUUCAAGUGUAUUCAAACCAUAAAAUCUAAUUAUUGCUGACUCUUCUACGAAACCAGUAAAGGCUUUAGAUCAAUGGGUUCCUCUCUAAAGCGGAUUUACCGGCUCACUCAGCAACUUCAGUGAUCUUGGUUGAGACGUUGAAAUUGAAUUACGAACACUGCGCAAUGAUGACGAAGCAAAUAUGAAGCUAUUGAGAUCCAACAUAAGCUUUUGCUAAAUGUGUCUCUUUUGUUUUGACAACAGCCAUUAUCCAUGCGUGUGUGCAUCUGGCUCAACUUUUGUUUGGGUGUUUCCCUCCCUCCUGAAAACUAUAGUGUGAUGGCUUCUGUGUGGGAAUGUUAACCAUCUAUCUUCCUGUCAUUAACUCUAAAGAGGGAUUGUGUCAGUUGAAUGUCAUGGGGACACACGUCUUCCCAAGAUGAGUUUUUAGGUAGAAACGCCUUUUGUUCAAACAUUAAGACAAAAGCUGUCAGAUUUCAGUCUUGUUCUACUGCAUCACGUUGUACAUGUGUAGCAUCCGGUGGUCAUCACGUGUCACAGUCAUUUGUCUUUUAUAAAGACUCUGUUAAGAAAUAAGGCUGGCCACUAGUCUGGCAAAAACAAGCUGUAAUACCUGAAAUGACAUUACAAAAGAAAAAAAUAAAUGAAAAAGGAACGUUGCACAUAUUUAUAUUUCUAAGAUAUUUCAGUAAUUUAUAUUAAAGAGCACUAUUUUUACAAAAGUGAAAGCUUUUUGUCUUUGACUCAUUCUGUGCGUCAUUUUCUGUCUUUCCCAUUUCUUCCUGAGAAACUGUCUUCCAAGGACAUCCAAAGCUUAUAUUGAUGGAUAUCCAGAUAAUUGUUGCUCCUUCUGUCCUCACAAACUGGCACAUUUACUCUGCACUGAGGUGUGGUCAUCUUUUCAAGACAGUGCAUGAACCAGUUUUUUGGCAAUGCUAUAGGUGAUUUAUUUCAAAACAUAUCAAUGUUUUAAAAAUGUAUUUAGAAAUUCUUUAUUUAUUACAAACUAUGAAGUUUUCUUGAGUUUAGGCUUGGCACUGCAAUAUGAGUAAUGUGAUCUGGUUUGGUAUAGUGUUAAAAUGAUUUCUUAAAAUUGACAAAGUGUUGAUUGUAGCACCAAAUGCAAUCAUAACCAUUAAAACAAGUUAUUAAGCAACACAUGACAUUUUUACUGCUGUGAAUGCAAAUUAAUAUCAGUAAAGUAUUAAAUGAAUUGGAACUAAUGGACUGACAUAAACAUUCAGUAUAGCUGUCUAUCUAGCUGGCUACAGGAUGUAUGUAAGGAUGCAUGUUCCACACCAAAAAUAUAGAAAGAUGCUGGAUUCUGGAUGCAGGUGGUUCUGGUGCAGGCCAUCAAACGAAAGGGACCCAACUCUCAUUAGUACCGAGUACUAUCAGGACAAAGCCGACCAAACAAAGAGCAGCUUCAGCACCAUCCUCCAAGGACACGUUUGCAAGUGUAUCAAGUGGAUUACAUUCAUGCGCAGAAACUGUGUUUCAAUAAAGCAGCGCCAUUCUUCUUCUGCUUCCAGCAGUUCCCAUCAGCAGGUCAUCCUCUUCCCCUUCAUCCUCUUUGGCUGUCUUGUGUGUGCUCCCUGGUGACACCCAUCCUCUUCAGAUCCAUGAACCUCAGUGGUUGUCUUCCUCUCCCUCUUUCGCGUUCAACCUCUCUCUCCUCUACACCAAGCCAGUCUGGCCUCCCUAACUGAGUCUCCAAGCCUUGUGACUUCCUUUGAGGCGCACUCUUUUGUUUAAGAAACAUCAUCUAAACCGUUUCAACAGAGCUGUGAUGGUAAGAGAGUUUUGCGGGCAUUUUCUCCUGCCAUUGUUUUUAUCGAUUGAUUGUAUUUCAAGUAUGGCCCAUGAUAUCAAAUCACAUUACUUUAAAAAGUCAGUGGUGAUGUAUCUUUAACAACUUUAAAGGUAUUUGAGUGUGUGCCUCAGAAUCAGUACUUUCCCUCUUGUUAUGCGUAACCUCAACUGCAAGAGUCACAGAACAGGUCCAAGAAAUCCUGGAGUGUCAGUUCUUGUUUGGUCACGCACACUGGUUUCCAGCAACAAGAUUUCCCGACAAAUGGGAUUUCCUGGUUAAACACUGCCAUGUUUAUUCAGUUGGCAGGCCCUUAAAGAGCUGAACUGGAUACAAAUUCAAGAAGGUUUAAAAUGACUGUAAUCAUCACUUCUUGUUUUCUCUGCUGGUGCAUUGUGGGUAAAUUCCAUAGGAAUCAGGGGAUGUAUAGAAAAGGGAGGGAGCUAAAGUUUUUUGGACACACCCCACAACACGAACACAGCGUACAGUAACAAAAGGGAUUACCAGAAGCACUCAGCGAGGUCCACGCACACUCACGCACACUUUGACACAGAAGUUACUUUGUAGAAAGUUUGGGCUGGACCUAACUGGGAAGGAAUGCGGCGGGGUUUUAUACAUCCUGCCCGAGGGGCUGAGAGAGGACGGUGUCCUCCGGAGAGACACAGAGGAGUGUGUGUGUGCGGACUUCCAUUUAUACAUUGUGUGUAUAAGGUCAGGCUUGGUGAAGAGGGUCCACGAGGAAAAGAUUUAUGAUGCUCAGUGGUUUCAGUAAGCGCCCAAUCUAUAGCUUGUGUGUGUGUGCGUAUGAAAGGCUGUGUGUUUUGCAAGUUAAAAUGAAUGUCCACUCACACGUUUCCCAUUCCCUGCAUACCUCGUGUUGUGUCUGGCUUCCAGGAAAGAGGCACUUUAAUUGAGUUGAGUUUUUAUGGCUCGACUGGUGCGUUGGAGAGAAUGAGGUGUGUGUGCGCGCGUUACAUGAGACAUGCAGUGUGAGUUUAUAAAGUGACGUAAAGAUGAAUGGUUUUUAAAAAUACGUUUAAGAAACAACUCACUGACAAACAUCUGGAAAGGACAGGGGGUAAUUACAGGGCAGGAACGUCGAUCCCGGAUGUUAAUCAUCACGCAUUACCAAAGCAGAUCCAGGUACUGCUGGCUUUCAGGUUCGCCUUCAGCUCAGUCGGUGGGGCCCUGCGAGGUGAAUUCAGAUUCCAUUUUGUCAUGGCUAUUAUGUAAGGGACAAUAUGAGAGUAUAGGACUGGUCACGUGACUCGACUAAAUGUUUCCAUAGCUGACUAUAUAGCAGGGACGUCUACACUCCUCUGGCUUGUGAGCCGCUUACCAAACAACAAGGCGGCACGUCUCAACCCUCUUUUUGAAUGUGGUGUCGAACUCUCACCCUCACCAUUCUUGUGUUGACACCAUCCCAUGUAGCAUGUAUUGUGGUUAUUACAGAAGCGUUUCAUAGAACAUUGUGUGUACGUUCUAGUAGACCUUCCUACUUGGCUCCUCAGUACAGCUGUGGUCCUGCAGAUCUAGACGGGCAGGCUUAUGUCUUCAAGUGAUUUUCUUGUAGGAAAAAACAUAUUUACAUCAGUACUUACAUAUGUAUGGCGAUUAUCUCUCUAUAUUAAUGGUGGACUAUAUAAGACUUCAUGUUUGAUGACGGCAGUGUACGUUCAUUUAAGAGAAGCAUUCCGACAACACUUAUUCCUAAAAGUGACGCAGUCAAAGAGACAAACCGUCUCAAAAUUCCACCAGAAUAUUCCAAUAAUGCAGCUUGAGUCACCGACAGUCAGGCCCUGUGAAUGUGCCGGCUCAGCUCGCUCUGACUCAUUCUAUGUUCCCAAUGACCCCUGUUGGACAUUCAAGCUGGAAUCUUCAGGAAUAUUUUGUCCUCUGUUGCUCCCAUGGAUCUCACACACCCAUUCAAACUCUUUCCACAGUGAUUCACUAUUUCGGCGAAGGACGACUGUGUCCAACUCCACAGCGGUUUGCUGCCUCUGACAGGAAGUUACCCACUCCAUGCUGAUGUUUUCUAUUCAUUCUAUUAUUUGUCCACAUUUAAAAAAUUUAUUUAAAGUGUGUUUAUAUGCAAAUAUGGAAAACAAUAAUCUUGUGUUCUAUUGAGAAGGAUUGUGUAAAGAGAAGAGUCAGAGUUGUUUUUGCGGUAAUAAGGACAAGCAAUUAUAUGUUUUAGGUCAAAAAAUAUAUACAUAUUUAUAUAUUUUUUUUUUGGAAAUUGUGUUGGGGGUGGCAUGAUGCUGCUUGCCGGAGGUUUGCGCUCUCCAAGUGCUCUAGCUCUUUUCAAAAUGCCUGUCAACUUUUGAAUAAAUACUCAUCAAUUAAAUAUAUCCAAGUAAAGAUGAAUGAUUGUGCUAAAAUAAAAAGCUAUCACUAUUUAAUGGAAUAUUUUAGCCUAAAAAAUGCUGUUCAUAUAAAUUUUUGUUUGCUAUAAUCUGAGCAGAAUGUGGUUUAUUGACGGUUGUUUUCUUUUCAUUCUUGAGCCGCUGCCAAAGUCAACAGAGUGGCGCUCAGAAGGUGGAAAGAAUAUUAAAAGGUUCGGAAUAUGCCAUGAAACAUGCAAUCCACUGCUCUCUUCCAGGAAGGCUCCUCCGGCUUGAUGAUGAUUUUUUCCAGGAAGGCUUUUUGUUGGCCCUUCACUGCUUAUAGGAAAUACGUUCGGUGGAACCCAUCAGCUCUGGUAUUGUCACAGCCGCUUCUGAUAAAGUCUGACAAGCUUCCAGGAAAACCAGGGAUUUCACCCUGCGGCAUUCCAUCAUUCCUUCACCAUCACUGAGAAAAGGAGGCACGAGGGGGUGUGGAGCAACGUGGAUCAAUAAAAACCAUAUGGGAGUCAUUUAACCAAAUAAAUGCACAGCAACAUCCCACAACCACUGAUCUUAUCUCUGAGCACAAACCACAGCGUAUCUAUCUUCUCUCCUCCCCCGAAAUAGUUUUCCUGUAAAUGCGAGUUUAAAGAUGACUGUGCUCGAGAAGGAGCAGCUCAGACGCCCGAGGUGACCUCAAGGUGCAAAACAGGUUGUUUGAGGCAAUGAAUGACUUGGCUAUUUUCCUGACAAAGAAGCACUGACAACACUGGACACGUGCAGACACCGUCACGUGAUAUUGUUGCUGCAGGAGCAGAAUCUCAGGACUCAUUAAAUAUGUCAAGUGACAAAAGUGUAGUAAUAUGCUAAUAAUAAUAUCAUUAUUAAUGUAAGGAAUACAGUGGAUGUACAGUAAUUUCCUCUAGAAUUGGUCCUACAGUAGGGAAAUUUCGCAUGUGCAUGAAUGGAGAAAUGCAUCAGUGAAAAAAAAAAAAAAUAUAUAUAUAUAUGUAUAAUAUAAUAUAAUAAAAACCAUCUCUAUGUCCUCUGAAAUGACACCAUCUCAACGAAAAUUCCCCACUGUGGCAUUAAUCUAAUCUAAUCUAAUCUAAAAAGAAUGCUCUUUUGAGUCUUUGUCUGAAUGAGUGGACUUUAAAUAACCAUGCCCUCCUUAAAAUUUCCUUCCUUGGAAUAGCUGAAACACUCGCGCUUACUCACACUCCGGAUUUGUUUCCAGCUCACGGUGUCAUUCUCGAACACACACACACACACAUUGUGCAUCCAACAUUAAUAUGAGAGAUGAAUGGACAGCAGUAGGAAAAGUUUGUGGGAGGCUACUGGGAAGUUAUAUAAUAGACACCGAGCCAUCAUCCGUGCACGGCCCGGUGUUCUUCCACUAUUCAUCCCUCCAUAAUUUCUUCUGUUUUGAUGACGAAUGGAAAUUUUCUCGUCAUGUUAAUGUUAUGGAGUGCCUUUGGAGCUUUCUCUUCUAAAAGAGUUUUGUCCCCUGACCGUUACCACGGUGCUCCCAGAAACAUGCCUGUCGCCCUGUUUACCUUCCACAUCAACACAGCUACGUUGCGUCUGCAAUAUAAUCCACGAUGGUAAUUUAAAUGAAUUGACGGUAUUGCCAAAACUAGCUGAGCGUUACUCACCUAGUGCGACAAAGAUUCUAGAUUCAAAUUUGUGUCCACUUACAAACAGCAGAUUUGGUUGUACUUAAGAGAGCCUGUGUUAUUAUUGCUAGAUAUUUUUUUAUUUAUUUACUGAAUGGAGUGAGAAGAUCCUCAAACUUCAGUUGAUUGGAGUUAAGCUUGUUGAGGUGCCCGUGUAUUUUGUAUUUUGUCAGGUUGCCCCCUUGGUGAUGUGCUCCAUAUUACACCCCCAGAAGAGGAAGCAGAGAUUUGUGCGUAAAGGGAAGUUUUGGCACUGUUUUGUCAACUGCAUUCCCCAAAUCAUGACACAACAUUAAUGGAUGAAUGGAUGGAUUCAAUGAGCCUUUAUGUACUAAAUUCUAGAUGGUCACGGCCUUUAGACACCCUGGUUUAUUUCAGCCAUCUGCUGUUUUCUGCCUUUUAUUAUGAGAGCAAUGUGAUCACCUCAGCACACAGCAAGGGGUGCAGAAAAACAGUUGUACAGUACCUGUAAACCCCACUACUGCACCACUACACUAUUGACGCAGGAGUGUACCACGCUGCACUGUAUGGUCUAAACAGAGACACCUUUACUAUCAUGUAAGCUUUCUUUGUUCGACAUUUUGUGUUUAGCACUGCGCUCAAACUAUGUUUCUAAACUUCUAAUAGCCUGCUGACGUGAAUGUAGAAUCUCACCCUGCUCCUGUAGUGGGAGCUAUUAAUAUCUGAGUGCAUUUUAAAUCAAGGCUGUAAUUAAAAAGGUGAUUAGAGUAAGUGAUCACCAUCGACACAACCUCAAC